AUGUCCUACAACUACGUGGUGACGGCGCAGAAGCCCACCGCGGUGAAUGCAUGCAUCACGGGUCACUUCACCUCUGCGGACGACCUGAACCUGCUCAUCGCCAAAAACACUCGUCUGGAGAUCUAUGUGGUGACGGCAGAAGGGCUGCGGCCCGUCAAAGAGGUGGGAAUGUACGGCAAGAUCGCAGUCAUGGAGCUCUUCAGACCAAAGGGGGAAAGCAAAGACCUGCUGUUCAUCCUGACGUCCAAAUACAACGCCUGCAUCCUGGAGUACAAACAGAACGGAGAGAGCAUUGACAUCAUCACACGCGCCCACGGCAACGUACAGGACCGUAUUGGGCGUCCCUCAGAGACCGGCAUCAUUGGGAUCGUGGACCCCGAGUGCCGGAUGAUCGGUCUGCGUCUGUACGACGGUCUGUUUAAGGUCAUCCCUCUGGACCGCGACAACAGAGAGCUCAAAGCCUUCAACAUCCGCCUGGAGGAGCUGCAGGUCAUCGACGUACACUUCCUCUACGGCUGUCCCGCUCCCACAGUCUGCUUCAUCUACCAGGAUCCUCAGGGCCGACACGUCAAAACCUACGAGGUCUCGCUUAGGGAGAAGGAGUUCAACAAAGGGCCCUGGAAACAGGAGAACGUGGAGGCCGAGGCUUCCAUGGUCAUUCCAGUGCCAGAGCCAUUCGGUGGCGCUAUAAUCAUAGGACAAGAAUCCAUCACGUACCACAACGGAGACAAGUACCUGGCUAUCGCUCCUCCUACCAUCAAGGAAAGGGGUGAUGUGGUUGUUUCAGGACAGGGGUUGUGUGGUUGUUUCAGGACAGGGGUUGUGUGGUUGUUUCAGGACAGGGGUUGUGUGGUUGUUUCAGGACAGGGGUUGUGUGGUUGUUUCAGGACGGGGUUGUGUGGUUGUUUCAGGACGAGGGUUGUGUGGUUGUUUCAGGACAGGGGUUGUGUGGUUGUUUCAGGACGGGGUUGUGUGGUUGUUUCAGGACGGGGUUGUGUGGUUGUUUCAGCGGGUUGUGUGGUUUCAGGACAGGGUGUGUGGUUGUUUCAGACGGGGGUGUGUGUUCAGAGGGUGUUGUUUCAGGACAGGGUUGUGUGGUUGUUUCAGGACGGGGGUUGUGUGGUUGUUUCAGGACGAGGGUUGUGUGGUUGUUUCAGGACGAGGUUUGUGUCGUUGUUUCAGGAAAGGGGUGAUGUGGUUGUUUCAGGACAGGGGUUGUGUGGUUGUUUCAGGACGAGGGUUGUGUGGUUGUUUCAGGACGGGGGUUGUGUGGUUGUUUCAGGACGGGGGUUGUGUGGUUGUUUCAGGACGGGAGUUGUGUGGUUGUUUCAGGACGAGGGUGGUGUGGUUGUUUCAUGUCGAGAGUUGUGUGGUUGUUUCAGGAAAGGGGUGAUGUGGUUGUUUCAGGACAGGGGUUGUGUGGUUGUUUCAGGACAGGGGUUGUGUGGUUGUUUCAGGACAGGGGUUGUGUGGUUGUUUCAGGACAGGGGUUGUGUGGUUGUUUCAGGACAAGGGUUGUGUGGUUGUUUCAUGUCGAGGGUUGUGUGGUUGUUUCAGGACGAGGGUUGUGUGGUUGUUUCAGGACGAGGGUUGUGUGGUUGUUUCAGGACGAGGGUUGUGUGGUUGUUUCAGGACGAGGGUUGUGUGGUUGUUUCAGGACGAGGGUUGUGUGGUUGUUUCAGGAAAGGGGUGAUGUGGUUGUUUCAGGACAGGGGUUGUGUGGUUGUUUCAGGACAGGGGUUGUGUGGUUGUUUCAGGACAGGGGUUGUGUGGUUGUUUCAGGACAAGGGUUGUGUGGUUGUUUCAGGACGAGGGUUGUGUGGUUGUUUCAGGACGAGGGUUGUGUGGUUGUUUCAGGACGAGGGUUGUGUGGUUGUUUCAGGACGAGGGUUGUGUGGUUGUUUCAGGACGAGGGUUGUGUGGUUGUUUCAGGACGAGGGUUGUGUGGUUGUUUCAGGACGAGGGUUGUGUGGUUGUUUCAGGACGAGGGUUGUGUGGUUGUUUUAUGUCGAGAGUUGUGUGGUUGUUUCAGGACAGGGGACGAGGGUUGUGUGGUUGUUUCAGGACGAGGGUUGUGUGGUUGUUUCAGGACGAGGGUUGUGUGGUUGUUUCAGGACGGGGGUUGUGUGGUUGUUUCAGGACGAGGGUUGUGUGGUUGUUUCAGGACGAGGGUUGUGUGGUUGUUUCAGGACGAGGACGGGGGUUGUGUGGUUGUUUCAGGACGGGAGUUGUGUGGUUGUUUCAGGACGAGGGUGGUGUGGUUGUUUCAUGUCGAGAGUUGUGUGGUUGUUUCAGGAAAGGGGUGAUGUGGUUGUUUCAGGACAGGGGUUGUGUGGUGGGUUGUGUGGUUGUUUCAGGACGGGGGUUGUGUGGUUGUUUCAGGACGGGGGUUGUGUGGUUGUUUCAGGACGAGGGUUGUGUGGUUGUUUCAGGACGAGGGUUGUGUGGUUGUUUCAGGACGAGGGUUGUGUGGUUGUUUCAUGUCGAGAGUUGUGUGGUUGUUUCAUGUCGAGAGUUGUGUGGUUGUUUCAGGAAAGGGGUGAUGUGGUUGUUUCAGGACGGGGGUUGUGUGGUUGUUUCAGGACGGGGGUUGUGUGGUUGUUUCAGGACGAGGGUUGUGCGGUUGUUUCAGGACGAGGACGGGGGUUGUGUGGUUGUUUCAGGACGGGGGUUGUGUGGUUGUUUCAGGACGGGGUUGUGUGGUUGUUUCAGGACGAGGGUUGUGUGGUUGUUUCAGGACGAGGGUUGUGUGGUUGUUUCAGGAUGAGGGUUGUGUGGUUGUUUCAGGACGAGGGUUGUGUGGUUGUUUCAGGACGAGGGUUGUGUGGUUGUUUCAGGACGAGGGUUGUGUGGUUGUUUCAUGUCGAGAGUUGUGUGGUUGUUUCAGGACGAGGGUUGUGUGGUUGUUUCAGGACGAGGGUUGUGUGGUUGUUUCAGGACAGGGGUGAUGUGGUUGUUUCAGGACAGGGGUUGUGUGGUUGUUUCAGGACGGGGGUUGUGUGGUUGUUUCAGGACGAGGGUUAUGUGGUUGUUUCAGGACGAGGGUUGUGUGGUUGUUUCAGGACGAGGGUUGUGUGGUUGUUUCGGGACGAGGGUUGUGUGGUUGUUUCAUGUCGAGAGUUGUGUGGUUGUUUCAGGAAAGGGGUGAUGUGGUUGUUUCAGGACGGGGGUUGUGUGGUUGUUUCAGGACGGGGGUUGUGUGGUUGUUUCAGGACGAGGGUUGUGCGGUUGUUUCAGGACAAGGACGAGGGUUGUGUGGUUGUUUCAGGACGGGGGUUGUGUGGUUGUUUCAGGACGGGAGUUGUGUGGUUGUUUCAGGACGAGGGUUGUGUGGUUGUUUCAUGUCGAGAGUUGUGUGGUUGUUUCAGGAAAGGGAUGAUGUGGUUGUUUCAGGACAGGGGUUGUGUGGUUGUUUCAGGACGGGGGUUGUGUGGUUGUUUCAGGACGGGGGUUGUGUGGUUGUUUCAGGACAAGGGUUGUGUGGUUGUUUCAGGACGAGGGUUGUGUGGUUGUUUCAGGACGAGAGUUGUGUGGUUGUUUCAGGAAAGGGGUGAUGUGGUUGUUUCAGGACGGGGGUUGUGUGGUUGUUUCAGGACGGGUUGUGUGGUUGUUUCAGGCGGGGUUGUGUGGUUGUUUCAGGACGAGGGUUUGUGUGGUUGUUUCAGGACGAGGGUUGUGUGGUUGUUUCAGGACGGGGGUUGUGUGGUUGUUUCAGGACGAGGGUUGUGUGGUUGUUUCAGGACGAGGGUUGCGUGGUAUUUCAGGACGAGGGUUGUGUGGUUGUUUCAGGACGAGGGUUGUGUGGUUGUUUCAGGACGAGGGUUGUGUGGUUGUUUCAGGACGAGGGUUGUGUGGUUGUUUCAGGACGAGGGUUGUGUGGUUGUUUCAGGACGAGGGUUGUGUGGUUGUUUCAUGUCGAGAGUUGUGUGGUUGUUUCAGGAAAGGGGUGAUGUGGUUGUUUCAGGACGAGGGUUGUGUGGUUGUUUCAGGACGGGGGUUGUGUGGUUGUUUCAGGACGGGGUUUGUGUGGUUGUUUCAUGUCGAGAGUUGUGUGGUUGUUUCAGGAAAGGGGUGAUGUGGUUGUUUCAGGACAGGGGUUGUGUGGUUGUUUCAGGACGGAGGUUGUGUGGUUGUUUCAGGACGGGGGUAGUGUGGUUGUUUCAGGACGAGGGUUGUGUGGUUGUUUCAGGACGAGGGUUGUGUGGUUGUUUCAUGUCGAGAGUUGUGUGGUUGUUUCAGGAAAGGGGUGAUGUGGUUGUUUCAGGACAGGGGUUGUGUGGUUGUUUCAGGACGGGGGUUGUGUGGUUGUUUCAGGACGGGGGUUGUGUGGUUGUUUCAGGACAAGGGAAAGGGGUGAUGUGGUUGUUUCAGGACGGGGGUUGUGUGGUUGUUUCAGGACGGGGUUUGUGUGGUUGUUUCAGGACAGGGGUUGUGUGGUUGUUUCAGGACGAGGGUUGUGUGGUUGUUUCAGGACGAGGGUUGCGUGGUUGUUUCAGGACGAGGGUUGUGUGGUUGUUUCAGGACGAGGGUUGUGUGGUUGUUUCAGGACGAGGGUUGUGUGGUUUUCAGGACGAGGGUUGUGUGGUUGUUUCAGGACGAGGGUUGUGUGGUUGUUUCAUGUCGAGAGUUGUGUGGUUGUUUCAGGAAAGGGGUGAUGUGGUUGUUUCAGGACGAGGGUUGUGUGGUUGUUUCAGGACGGGGGUUGUGUGGUUGUUUCAGGACGGGGUUUGUGUGGUUGUUUCAGGACGGGGGUUGUGUGGUUGUUUCAGGACGAGGGUUGUGUGGUUGUUUCAGGUCGAGGGUUGUGUGGUUGUUUCAUGUCGAGAGUUGUGUGGUUGUUUCAGGACGAGGGUUGUGUGGUUGUUUCAGGACGAGGGUUGUGUGGUUGUUUCAGGACAAGGGUUGUGUGGUUGUUUCAGGACGAGGGUUGUGUGGUUGUUUCAGGACGAGGGUUGUGUGGUUGUUUCAGGACGAGGGUUGUGUGGUUGUUUCAUGUCGAGAGUUGUGUGGUUGUUUCAGGAAAGGGGUGAUGUGGUUGUUUCAGGACGGGGGUUGUGUGGUUGUUUCAGGACGGGGGUUGUGUGGCUGUUUCAGGACGAGGUUUGUGUGGUUGUUUCAGGACGGGGGUUGUGUGGUUGUUUCAGGACGGGGGUUGUGUGGUUGUUUCAGGACGAGGGUUGUGUGGUUGUUUCAGGACGAGGGUUGUGUGGUUGUUUCAGGAUGAGGGUUGUGUGGUUGUUUUAUGUCGAGAGUUGUGUGGUUGUUUUAGGAAAGGGGACGGGGGUUGUGUGGUUGUUUCAGGACGGGGGUUGUGUGGUUGUUUCAGGACGAGGGUUGUGUGGUUGUUUCAGGACGAGGGUUGUGUGGUUGUUUCAGGACGAGGGUUGUGUGGUUGUUUCGGGACGAGGGUUGUGUGGUUGUUUCAUGUCGAGAGUUGUGUGGUUGUUUCAGGAAAGGGGUGAUGUGGUUGUUUCAGGACGGGGGUUGUGUGGUUGUUUCAGGACGGGGGUUGUGUGGUUGUUUCAGGACGAGGGUUGUGCGGUUGUUUCAGGACGAGGUUUGUGUCGUUGUUUCAGGAAAGGGGUGAUGUGGUUGUUUCAGGACGGGGGUUGUGUGGUUGUUUCAGGACGGGGGUUGUGUGGUUGUUUCAGGACGGGGGUUGUGUGGUUGUUUCAGGACGAGGGUUGUGUGGUUGUUUCAGGACGAGGGUUGUGUGGUUGUUUCAGGAUGAGGGUUGUGUGGUUGUUUCAGGACGAGGGUUGUGUGGUUGUUUCAGGACGAGGGUUGUGUGGUUGUUUCAGGACGAGGGUUGUGUGGUUGUUUCAUGUCGAGAGUUGUGUGGUUGUUUCAGGACGAGGGUUGUGUGGUUGUUUCAGGACGAGGGUUGUGUGGUUGUUUCAGGACGAGGGUUGUGUGGUUGUUUCAGGACGAGGGUUGUGUGGUUGUUUCAGGACAGGGGUGAUGUGGUUGUUUCAGGACAGGGGUUGUGUGGUUGUUUCAGGACGGGGGUUGUGUGGUUGUUUCAGGACGAGGGUUGUGUGGUUGUUUCAGGACGAGGGUUGUGUGGUUGUUUCAGGACGAGGGUUGUGUGGUUGUUUCAGGACGAGGGUUGUGUGGUUGUUUCAGGACGAGGGUUGUGUGGUUGUUUCAGGACGAGGGUUGUGUGGUUGUUUCAGGACAGGGGUGAUGUGGUUGUUUCAGGACAGGGGUUGUGUGGUUGUUUCAGGACGGGGGUUGUGUGGUUGUUUCAGGACGAGGGUUGUGUGGUUGUUUCAGGACGAGGGUUGUGCGGUUGUUUCAGGACGAGGUUUGUGUCGUUGUUUCAGGAAAGGGGUGAUGUGGUUGUUUCAGGACAGGGGUUGUGUGGUUGUUUCAGGACGAGGGUUGUGUGGUUGUUUCAGGACGGGGGUUGUGUGGUUGUUUCAGGACGGGAGUUGUGUGGUUGUUUCAGGACAAGGGUUGUGUGGUUGUUUCAUGUCGAGAGUUGUGUGGUUGUUUCAGGAAAGGGGUGAUGUGGUUGUUUCAGGACAGGGGUUGUGUGGUUGUUUCAGGACGGGGGUUGUGUGGUUGUUUCAGGACGGGGGUUGUGUGGUUGUUUCAGGACAAGGGAAAGGGGUGAUGUGGUUGUUUCAGGACAGGGGUUGUGUGGUUGUUUCAGGACGGGGGUUGUGUGGUUGUUUCAGGACGGGGGUUGUGUGGUUGUUUCAGGACAAGGGUUGUGUGGUUGUUUCAGGACAAGGGUUGUGUGGUUGUUUCAGGACGAGGGUUGUGUGGUUGUUUCAGGACGAGGGUUGUGUGGUUGUUUCAUGUCGAGAGUUGUGUGGUUGUUUCAGGAAAGGGGUGAUGUGGUUGUUUCAGGACGGGGUUGUGUGGUUGUUUCAGGACGGGGUUUGUGUGGUUGUUUCAGGACGGGGGUUGUGUGGUUUCAGGACGAGGGUUGUGUGGUUGUUUCAGGACGAGGGUUGUGUGGUUGUUUCAGGACGAGGUUUGUGUCGUUUUUUCAGGACGAGGGUUGUGUGGUUGUUUCAAGACGAGGGUUGUGUGGUUUUCAGGACGAGGGUUGUGUGGUUGUUUCAGGACGAGGGUUGUGUGGUUGUUUCAGGACGAGGGUUGUGUGGUUGUUUCAGGACGAGGGUUGUGUGGUUGAUUCAUGUCGAGGGUUGUGUGGUUGUUUCAGGACGAGGGUUGUGUGGUUGUUUCAGGACGAGGGUUGUGUGGUUGUUUCAGGACGAGGGUUGUGUGGUUGUUUCAGGACGAGGGUUGUGUGGUUGUUUCAUGUCGAGAGUUGUGUGGUUGUUUCAGGACGGGGGUGAUGUGGUUGUUUCAGGACGGGGGUUGUGUGGUUGUUUCAGGACGGGGCAAAGCACCAUUGUGUGUCACAACCGCGUGGACCCCAACGGCUCGCGGUACCUUCUGGGGGACAUGGAGGGCCGGCUCUUCAUGCUGCUGCUGGAGAAGGAGGAGCUGAUGGACGGGACCGUGGCUCUCAAAGACCUGCACGUGGAGCUGCUCGGAGAGACGUCCAUCGCAGAGUGCCUCACGUACCUGGACAACGGCGUGGUGUUUGUAGGGUCCAGACUGGGCGACUCUCAGCUGGUUAAGCUGAACGUGGACAGUAACGACCAGGGCUCCUUCGUGACAGUGAUGGAGACGUUCACAAACCUGGGGCCCAUCGUGGACAUGUGUGUGGUGGAUCUGGAGAGACAGGGCCAGGGCCAGCUGGUGACGUGCUCCGGUGCAUUCAAAGAGGGCUCCCUCCGCAUCAUCCGCAACGGCAUUGGAAUUCACGAACACGCCAGCAUCGACCUGCCUGGGAUUAAAGGUCUGUGGCCGCUGCGCUCUGAGGCCGGCAGAGAGACUGACGACAUGCUGGUGCUGUCCUUCGUGGGGCAGACGCGAGUGUUGAUGCUGAGUGGAGAAGAGGUGGAGGAGACUGAAUUGCCAGGAUUUGUGGACAACCAGCAGACGUUUUACUGCGGCAAUGUGGCUCACCAACAACUCAUUCAGAUCACCUCGGGCUCCGUGCGGCUGGUGCUACAGGACAGUAAGGCCCUGGUCAGUGAGUGGAAGGAGCCCCAGGGCCGGAACAUCAGUGUGGCGGCCUGUAACCACACACAGGUGGUGCUGGCCGUGGGACGGGCCCUCUACUACCUGCAGAUCCUCGCCGGAGAACUCAAACAGAUCACCACCACAGAGAUGGAGCAUGAGGUGGCCUGCCUGGACAUCACUCCUCUGGGGGAGGCGGGCAGCGAGUCGCCCCUGUGCGCAGUGGGCCUGUGGACGGACAUCUCUGCGAGGGUUCUCAAGCUGCCGUGCUUCACCGCGCUGCACAAGGAGAUGCUGGGAGGAGAGAUCAUCCCUCGCUCCAUCCUCAUGACCACGUUCGAGGGCAGCUACUACCUUCUGUGUGCGCUGGGGGACGGGGCGCUCUUCUACUUUGGGCUGGACCUGGCCACCGGUGCCCUCAGCGAGCGUAAGAAGGUCACCUUGGGCACCCAGCCCACCGUCCUGAGGACCUUCAGGUCUCUGUCCACCUCCAACGUGUUCGCCUGCUCCGACCGUCCUACCGUCAUCUACUCCUCCAACCACAAGCUGGUCUUCUCCAACGUCAACCUGAAGGAGGUCAACUACAUGUGCCCCCUCAACUCUGAGGGCUACCCCGACAGUCUUGCUCUGGCCAACAACAGCACUCUGACCAUCGGAACCAUCGACGAGAUCCAGAAGCUGCACAUCCGCACGGUGCCUCUGUACGAGUCUCCCAGGCGGAUCUGUUACCAGGAAGUGUCUCAGUGCUUCGGCGUGUUAUCCAGCCGUGUGGAGAUCCAGGAUGUGAACGGGACCACGUCUGCGGUGAGGCCCAGUGCAAGCACCCAGGCCCUGUCCAGCAGUGUGAGCUCCAGUAAGCUCUUCCCCAGCAGCACUUCCCCUCACGAGACCUCCUUCGGGGAGGAGGUGGAGGUGCACAGCCUGCUGGUGGUGGACCAGCACACGUUUGAAGUUCUCCAUGCUCACCAGUUCCUGCCCUGUGAAUACGCCCUGAGCCUUGUGUCCUGUCGUCUGGGGAAGGACCCGGCCGUCUACUUCAUCGUGGGGACUGCCAUGGUGUAUCCAGAGGAGGCGGAGCCUAAACAGGGCCGCAUCAUCGUCUUCCACUACACAGACGGAAAGCUCCAGACGGUUGCUGAGAAGGAGGUGAAGGGAGCGGUCUACUCCAUGGUAGAGUUCAACGGCAAACUGUUGGCCAGUAUCAACAGCACGGUGCGUCUGUACGAGUGGACCGCAGAGAAGGAGCUGAGGACAGAGUGUAACCAUUACAACAACAUCAUGGCUCUCUACCUGAAGACCAAAGGAGACUUCAUCCUGGUGGGAGACCUGAUGAGGUCUGUGCUGCUGCUGGCCUACAAACCCAUGGAGGGAAACUUCGAGGAGAUCGCCCGAGACUUCAAUCCAAACUGGAUGAGCGCGGUGGAAAUCCUGGACGACGAUAAUUUCCUGGGAGCAGAGAACGCCUUCAACCUGUUUGUGUGUCAGAAAGACAGCGCUGCCACCACAGACGAGGAGAGGCAGCACUUGCAGGAGAACCUGGGGGAGAGCUCCACCCCCACUCAGGGGUCCGUGCUGUUUGGGACCGUAAACGGCAUGAUCGCGCUGACCCAGCAGCAGCCCUGCUACGAGCGUGUGAAGGACUGGCUCAGCGAUAACCUGGUGGUUCUGUGGAUCUUUGCCCUCUGCACUGCCCUCACACAGAUCCUGGGCCUGGUCUUCUCCAUGACCAUGUUCUGUCAGACCGUCAAAGUGGACACCUUCUACGCCUAA